GUCAAACAUGAAAUCAAUUCGCAGCGAGUUGGUAUAAACAAUCAAUCCUAUUUACGUAGUUUUAUUAAAUAAAUAACGCGACCUUUCUCUUAUAAACCUAGCGUUAAGUGCUGUUUAUUUAUAAAUGACCCUUGGACGUAAAUACCAGCAGCCCUCCGGGAAUGCUGGGGACGCUCGUAAGGUCUAUGCUAGCCAGUCGAAGGUCGGCACUCUCUCGGGCUGCUCAUCUUCAAUAUCACUGUGCGAUAUGAUCGAGCCGCCGGACUAUGAGGAGGUGGCGGACAGGCUCAUGGGGCCCCGGGACCCCCUGGCCUAUCCCCCCCACGACAUGGAGCUGUGCACGGUGCCCCGGCGCAUACGCACCGUCACACACGUGCUACCUGACGAGGACCUGAGCAAAGCGCCAAUGUUCGUCCGCGACUGCAUCCGCACGUACACGUCGGACUACACGGUGGUGGAGCACAAGCACCGGCAGCACUCGGGCUCCACGCUCGGCCGCGAGCGGCUCGGCGCGCGGCUCGAGCGGCUCGCCACCGCGCCGCGCCAGCUCUACGAGGUGGACGAGGACCAGGUGCCGUGGAAUACCUUUAUUUAUAUUGUCGCUUCUCUUAUUCAGGUCCCAGAAUCGCAGCCAUCAAGCGGGCGGCAGUCCGUGGCGUCUAUAUCAUCAUCAUCAUCGUGCAACGAGACCCUGACCCCGCGCGGGUCCUGGGCCAGCCUGGACCUCCGCAGCUCGUCCUCGGACCCCCUGCUGCCGGACCUCUUCGAGAGACGCCCGCCUGAGCAGCAGGACGCCAUCAAUGAGGCUAGGAGACUGGAGAACCGUCAGGCGGACCUGCUCGGUCUGUACUCGCCCUACUUGGACGAGGAGGAGGCGGUCGAGAGGCGCCUCGCCGCCGAGAUGCCGAGCGAAGUCGCGGGACACAGGAUACUAGUGCACUGCCAUCAGCUCAAGCUCGAGCUGGACGUAGAGCCUCUCUUCGCUUCCAUGGCGCUCUACGACGCUAAAGAAAAGAAGAAGCUAUCAGAGAACUUCUAUUUUAACCUCAACUCGGAAUGCACCCGCCAAAUGUUGUCCGCACACGUACCCCACGCUGAUCUCAGUACUAUGAGUAGAAGCGCCGUGUUCGAUAUUAUGAAUCCUUCGGCUGAUGUGUUCCUGGUAGUUCGAGUGGAGAAAGUACUGCAGGGGGACGUGAAUGAGUGCGUGGAACCUUAUAUUAAGGACGAUAAGAACCGCGAGAAAGUCCGCGCCGGGGCUCAAGCGGCAUGCUCUCGGCUCGGCAAAUACAGGAUGCCACUGGCGUGGAGUGCGGUAUCACUGCUUAACAUACUGAGUGGCAGCGACCGUGACGAACGGGACACCGGCACCAAUACCAACAGCUUAGAUCGUAAAGCAUCAUCGAGCAGUUUGGAGCAGCUGCGGCGGCGGGCCGGCGAGGUGGGCGGCUCGCUCACGCGCAAGGGCUCCGUGGAGCGGCGCGCGCCGCCCGCCGACGAGCUGGCGCCGCAGCUCGACGCCAUGAAGCCCGUCUCCAUCACCGUCACCAGCUUCUUCAAGCAGGAAACAGACAAACUCCGUGACGAAGACCUAUACAAGUUCUUAGCCGAGAUUAAACGGCCCAGCUCAGCUCCAAAGAAGCUCAAAUGUAUCCCCGGUACACUGAAGAUAGAGGUCGCCCCGUGUCCAGAGGAGAUCAAGAACGGACUCACACCCGAGCUGGCUAAGCUGCAGCCUUAUGGAGCAGAUGAAAACGUCCGUCCAACGAAGGAGGUGCUCCCGUUCCCGGCGCACCCGGUGGCGGCGCCGCACCUGCAGUAUCGCAACCUCAUGUACGUGAACGUGCGCGAGAUCAACCUCAACGCCUACACCUCCCGAGCCGGCUCCGCAAGGAACAUCACCGUUCGAGUCCAGCUUAUGUCAGGCGAGCAGCAAGCGAGCGCGCUGCCGGCGAUAUUCGGGCGCAGCUCCUGUCCGGAGUACACGAGCGAGGCGUUCACCACCGUGCUGUACCACAACAAAAAUCCGUCCCUCUACGAUGAGAUUAAGAUCAAGCUACCUGCAGACCUGGGCGACCAGCAUCACCUGCUGUUCACGUUCCUGCACAUAUCCUGCCAGAGGAAGCCGGUCGCUCCUGAACAGGAGAAGAACGUCGAAACUGUCGUCGGGUACUCGUGGCUCCCUCUAUGCCGUAACGGCAAGCUGACGUGCGGCGAGUUCAACCUGCCCGUGAUGCAAGAGGAGCCCCCCCCGAACUACUCGUACAUCUUCCCUGACGUGCUGCUCCCCGGGACCAGGUGGAUCGACAACCACAAGCCGAUAUUUAGCGUCACGCUAGACGCGCACACCACCGUCCAUCCUUUGGACAACUACAUCGAGCGUUUCGCAGUGGCCUGCGAGGCGGUGCAAGAAGGCAAUAUCCCCACGAGGAUAGGUUUGGCCAACAUGGAGGCCGAGCUGCGAGCGAGUAUAUCUGAGCUGCCGACGGCCAACGUGGAGAUCCUGUCCCGCUACCUGCCCUACGUGUUAGACAAGCUUCUACACCUGCUAGUGGCGCCACCGUCAUUAGCGGGCGCCCCGCUCAACAUAGCGCAGGACGUGUUCACUUGUCUGGCGAACGUGUUCACGGACGUGUGUAACAUGAACGAAGGCGUGACCUGCGACCCCCACGGGCGCAGCAGCCUCAUCACGGCGUACAUCCAGUACCAGUGCACCAUCCCUCGGCCUUCGCUGGCGGACCGGGACAUAGGGCUGCCUCUGCCGCCCGCAGUGAUGAGCGACGGUUCCUGCAAGAUUCUGCACGAGGAGCUGGCGCUGCAGUGGGUCGUGGCCAGCGGCGCCACCAGGGACCUCGCCAUGCACAACUCAUGGGCGCUGUUCGAGCUAAUGAUAAAAUCCAUGUGCGAGUAUCUAUAUUGGAGCGGGGCUCACGAGGCCCCGCGCAAAGCGCGCUUCCCCGACCAGUUCACCGACGACAUCACUACUCUCGUCAAUAAUGUUACCACGGAAAUCAUUUCAAGAUACGGCAAAAACAGUCGUCUCACCCAAAGCCUAAACAAUAGCCUGGCGUUUUUCUUAUUCGAUCUGCUCAGCAUCGCGGAUCGAGGUUAUGUCUUUAACCUGAUCCGCAGCUACCACAAGCAGAUGAGCGCCAAGAUCGCAUCUCUGCCGGAUGCUGUGCCCCUAGUCCAAUAUAAGCUGGCGUUCCUCCGCAUAAUCUGCUCGCACGAGCACUACGUGGCGCUGAACCUGCCGGUGGGGUCGAGCUCGGGCGCGGCGUCGCCCGCGCCGUCCGUGCACUCGCACGCCUCGCACUCGUCCGCGCCGCCGCCGCACGCGCUCACGCACGAGCACCGCUCCCGGCACUACCUCGCGGGGCUGCUGCUGCACGACCUCACCGGAGCGCUGGAGCUGCAGAGUCCGGUCCUGCAAUGCGCCGCUGUGAACGCGCUGCUGUCUCUGCUGACGGCGCACGACGCCGACCCGCGGCUGGCCGCGGCGGAGGCCCGCGCUCGCGUGGCGCAGCUGUACAUGCCGCUGCUGGGCAUCGUGCUCGACGCCGCGCCCAUGCUCAGCCGCUCCGCCGGGGCUAGAGAUGUCAUGCAAUUUGACGGAGAGAUGGGUCAAUUCAACAGUUUAUAUAACCCGUCAGCUAACGAUCCGGACAACAAGCAGCCCGGCCGGCCGCCGUUCAACAGCGAGACGCACCGCAACCUGCUGAUGUGCCUCGUGUGGCUGCUGAAGAGCUGCUCGCGCGCCGCGCUGGCGCAGUGCUGCGCCGAGCUGCCGCCCCAGCGCCUGCCCGCGCUGCUGCACCUGCUGCAUCUCUGCUUCAUCGCGCACGAGUACAAGGGUCGCAAGGAGCUGCUCAAGUGCCAGCAGCAGAACGUGCGCAAGACGACCGACAUCAAGGCUAAGCUGGAGGAUGUCAUUCUGGGGCAGGGCUCUGCGCGCUCCGACUUUAUCAUGAGGCGGAAAGGCGGGUCGUCAGCGGUGCCGGGGCGGCGCGAGCGCUGGCGCAAGGACUGGCGCGGCGCGCGUGACGCGCCCCCCUCCCCCCUCGCGCCGCACCCCGCGCUGCCCGCCGCGCUCGCCGCCGAGGUCUCGCUCACCCUGCUGCACGCGCUCGAGACCAUCGUGCAGUCAUGCAGUAACUUGGAAUGCGGGCAGGCCGUAUGCAGCGCGGCGUUGCAGGUCGUGUUGCGGGCCAUGCAGCGCAACCAGAGCGCGGCCGUGUUACAACAUAUGUUCGCCACAGUCCGCUCGCUCAUCGUCAAGCUGGGGUGGUCGUGCUGCGGCGAGGAGUCCGGCAUCUGCCGCGUGCUGCUGCGGCACUGCGCCGCGCUGUGCCCCGCCACGCGCGCGCACGCCGCCGCCGCGCUGUACGCGCUCAUGCGCCACCACUACCAGCUCGGCAACAACUUCAGCCGCGUGAAGAUGCAGGUGACGAUGUCGCUGUCGUCCCUCGUGGGCACCUCCACCACCUUCAGCGAGGAGUCGCUCCGGCGCGCGCUCAAGACUAUCCUGGUGUACGCUGAGCGAGACCCCGACCUGCAGCAGACCAGCUUCCCUGAACAGGUGAAGGACCUGGUGUUCAACCUGCACAUGAUCCUGUCGGACACGGUGAAGAUGAAGGAGUUCCAGGAGGACCCCGAGAUGCUGCUGGACCUCAUGCACCGCAUCGCGCGCGGGUACCAGCACAGCCCGGACCUCAGGCUCACCUGGCUCAACAACAUGGCGCAGAAACACAUGGAGCGUUCGAACCACACGGAGGCGGGCAUGUGCCUGGUGCACGGAGCAGCGCUGGUGGCGGAGCAGAUGAACGCGCGCGGGCGCGGCGCCGCGCUGCUGGAGCGCGUCACGCACAACGCGCUCGACGAGUCCUGCGCCGACACGCUGCACCACCACCUCACGCACCACGAGCUGCAGGCACUUCUGGAGCACGCCGCGAGUGAACUGAUGACGGCGGGGAUGUACGAAGCGGUCAACGAAGUGUACAAGGUGCUCAUACCCAUCGCCGAGGAACACCGCGACUAUAAGAAACUCGCUAACAUACACGGCAAACUAAACGAAGCGUUCACCCGCAUCGACCAGCUGCACGGCAAGCGCGUGUUCGGCACCUACUUCCGAGUGUCCUUCUACGGCGCGCUGUUCGGAGACCUGCACGGCGAGGAGUUCAUAUACAAGGAGCACGCGCUCACCAAGCUGCCCGAGAUUUUCAGCAGGCUUGAGAACUUCUACGGUCAGCGUUUCGGCGCCGACAACGUGGUGAUAAUAAAGGACAGCAACAUCGUGGACCCUUCAACACUACCAGCGGACAAGGCUCACAUCCAGAUCACGUACGUGGAGCCCUACUUCGAGCCCCACGAGCUGCGCACGCGCACCACGCACUCGGAGCGCAACUAUAACAUCAAGCGGUUUAUGUACGCGACUCCGUUCACCGUGGGCGGGCGCGCGCACGGCGACAUCGCGGAGCAGUGCAAGCGCAAGACCAUCCUCACCACCGCACACCACUUCCCCUAUGUCAAGACACGCAUACAGGUGGUAGCUAGAACUCAGAUCAUCCUCACGCCGAUCGAAGUGGCCAUUGAAGACAUCCAGAAGAAGAUAAACGAGCUGGCAGCAGCGACGAGCCAGGAGCCGGCCGACCCUAAGAUCCUGCAGAUGGUGGUGCAGGGCUGCAUCGGCACCACCGUCAACCAGGGCCCGCUCGAGCUCGCGCAGGUGUUUUUGGCGCCGGUGGCGGACGGCUCGCAGCCGCCGACGAGACUAACCAACAAGCUGAGGCUGGCCUUCAAGGACUUCUCCAAGAAAUGUCACGACGCCCUGAAGAAGAACAAGAACCUGAUCGGCAGCGACCAGCGCGAGUACCAGCGCGAGCUGGAGCGCAACUACGCGCGCUUCGCCGAGCGCCUCGCGCCGCUAGUGCUGCCCCACCACAAGCACCACCACGCCGCGCAGCUCAGCAAUGGCGUCAGCAAACCGGACUAUAAGCUUCAGGCAUAAAUUGUGGAUUCAACUAUCAUUCUGUGUUUCCGUAAGUACAUUAUAUUGUACAAAACAAGCAAGCAAUGCAAUACGAUCCUAUAAGGUACUUCACACACUGACACUAACGUGUGCACGGCGUCCGCCGUCAUAGAGAAUGAGUAAACUUAGAGUGCUCACUCCAUACAAGUAUAACCAAUUUGUCUGUCAGUAAGAACCAGGAAAACUAUACUCAUUAUUUUCUUUUGUGUGCUAGUACUAGUGUAAGACAAAGAUAGUAUUAUUCUCUCCGUCUAUAAUUGAAAUGAAACAGUCCUUUGACAAACUAUAGUUAUUAGCCUGACAACUUGACAUAAUAAAGACAUGACGACAUUUUUAUAUCUCUUACAGAACGGGAACCGAUAUGAAACCCUAAAACUAUUUAUUGAAAGCGAUUUUUAUAAAAAAGACUAGAUAUAACAUUCAACAAGUUUGAAUGCUUCAAUAUACUCGUAUUAUUAAAACUAGUAUUAAAAUAUGUACCUAAUUUAGAAUUGGAGGUCAAGUAUAAAAAUGGACGAUUGCAAUUAUUGAGAACUACAAUAAUGUCUACGUAAAUAAUGCAUUUGGUAGGCAUUUUCAUACAAUAAUGCGACAUAUUGAAUAGUAUCCGUACCGCAUAAGGUACUAUUUUCUAUCAUCACAACGGCAACGUGAUACGAUACGAGUACUUAUAAGUAUAUAACUAAGUAACCACCGACAUAUUUGUAGUAUUUUGCACAAAUUAUUAAUUAUAUUAAUGCUUUUUUCAAAUAAUUUUAUAUUCGUAAAGAUCUUAUUUGUAAGAGUAUUUUUAUUACUUACUUGUAAGUUUGAAAUUUGUGUAUAUCUCUCAGUGACCCCGCAGUGUUAUAUUUACUUUAAGCCACAGAGUUAUUUUAAACACCGAAAAUUAUGUAAAAAAAUAACACUUCGAUAAAAAACUAGCUAAAUUUAAAAAAAACUUUUCAAAUCAUGCAAUUGUCGUUCGAAUAAAAAUUGUAUUUUAGUACCCAUUUAGUCUUAAAUUAAAUGUAAAGAUCUGUAUUAAAUGUGUUAAUGUGAAUGUUACAUCGAAGUUCAUAUUUAAAAUCAUCGACUGUGGAUGAUUAAUUCCUUGUAAUUUUCUCAUGCAUUUAGUGGUAAUUGUGACCUUAAUCUGGCAACAAACAAAAUACUAAACAUAAUCGUUGGACUCUGCAGUUUUUUCUAAGCAAAGCAACUAAACUGUACUGUAAUACCAUACGCGUGUACCAUAUGUAUAUGGGGUGUCAAAAAUUGUGACUUGUGCUGAACCAAUUGUACUCAAAAAAGUGCAAAUACAUGGUUAAUAAUAUUGUAGACAUCACGUAGAAAGCCUUUAAGAUUUAGGUGCCAGCUUCUCCUUAACCUUUAUGGUGAGAUUUCAAUAUUUUUCUAUGUCUGUAUAUUCAUUUGUAGAUUAUUCCAUGACAUGUAUACAUACGAUUCCAAAUAAAACAUCCAAACUUA